AUGGGUUUUACUGCGAGAGAACUUCGUGAGCAUGGCAAUGCCCUGUACAAAUCUGGGAAGCUGAAUGAAGCGAUAAAAAUAUACCACGACGCCGCCCACAAUGCCAGCGAAGACGACUACCUACCUUGGUCCAACCUCUCCGCCGCAUACUUCGAGACGGGCAACUACAAGCAAGCCGCCCACUGCGCCGUCAAGGCAUUGAGUCUCUGCCAUCAACAUCAUCAAGCCAACGCUACAUGUCUCGAGCAGAAGCUCGCCCCGCGCAUCCUGCGCGCCUAUCUGCAUGCCCACCAGCACGAUAUGGCACGUGCAUGGCUCAAGCAGCUGUCCGAUUCACACACUUUACCCGCCGACGAGUUACAGCAGUACCAAUCGUCCCUCGACCAGGCACAGGCCGCGUGGAGAGCAAUGCCAGACGAGAAAGCGCACCGGGGCCGUCUGGCUGCUGAUGUACCUCGGUAUCGACCUGCAUUCGCCGGCUAUCAGGAAUUCUACACCGUCGGCCACGACGAGGUCACCGACCUGCUCGGCCUACCGUUAUGCUCCGACGUGAAGAAAGACAUAUCAGUUUUCUUCGGUGGGAUCGGCGACGCGCGGCACUUCUACGGCCAGCUCGCACUUCUCGGCGCCAUGGAGCGAAUUUCCUCGUCGCAUGCCGCGGGGCCGAUCAAACGGCGGUAUCAUUUCACGCUGAACGACAGCAAAGCGAGCGUGCUUGCGCGCGAUAUGGUGCUCUUCGCCAUGUUGGAUGAGCUGGCUGUCUCCAAGGAUAUGCUGCAGACGGAACGGACAGAGAUUUAUACCGUUGUUUAUUAUGUCUUUGUGGGCAUUAUUAUUCCACGGUUCGCGGUGAGGAGGUUGCAUAGGGUUAUUGAUAGGGUUAUCGAGGGGUUGGAGAAGGGUGGGAAUGGGUUGCUUCCGUGGAUGAGGGUUUAUGAGAAAGACCGUGCAGAGAUAGUUCGAUCGUUGAGAUUCUGGAAGGCUCAGGACGAUGGUGGCGGACCUCUUGCUGCUUUGUACUCGACGGGGGCGACUAUUGAUAGAGCGGUUUUCCAGAUUAGGCAGCAGGAUGUGUCGCAAGAGAUCAUGUAUGGCACAGACUCUCGACGAGCACCGCCAGGCUGUCAAAGGGAGUUUAAAACAUACCCCGAAGCCCCCUUCCUGCAACCGCCACGCAGUAUUCUCAAGGACCACGAGCCGGAGCUGCUCAGGCUGCUUGAGACAGAAGCCUCGACGGAGAAAUUGAGAGCUUAUCUAGCCAAGAACUGGUCUACGAAUCCGACCUUGUUGGAUGAGGACUGGCAUGUGAAAGCAAUGGGCGAUCUCGACGUUGCCCAUGAUCCGUUUGAAGUCUACCGAGCAAUGCACGACAUCCUGCGUGUCCAGGAAAAAGGAGGACCACGGAAAAUGAAACUGUUCGAUCAUAUCGCUUCCUUUUUUCAAAUGGUUGUUGUCGCCUUACGCAAAACCCGUGGGCGGCUGGUGGCUGAAUUGCUUCUUGACGAUGCCGCAGCGGCAAUUGAUGGGAUCCGAUACGGGCUGAUUGAGGGUAGGGAGAGUGCGGCGCCGAGCUCAUUCGAUCUUGUGCAUGUCUCAAAUGUGGCAGAUUAUAUUGGAGGCGGAUUCUUCAAUUUCGUCACCGCGAGCAAAAUCCUCGGCGACACUUCCAAACUGAUGACCACAUGUCUUCGGAACACGUCGCUGUGGCGAUCUCACGACGAGUUUAACAGCGAGUAUAUGGCUGUCAGCGACAUGAAGAUGCUCUCAAAGACCACUCAGAUGAAAAUGACCGAUAAAGAAGACAUCCCCAUGUUUGAAAUGUCAGGCUACAUGGACUGGAAGAGGGAAUCCACCCCAUUCCCUUACGAACUUCUCCUCCCACGAGCAGAAUUGACUCGCUUCGUAUACACGCAUUUCCUGAAAGUAGCUCUCCCUUGCGGCAGGAGCCUCUCGGAUCAUCAUUUCGCACACUUUAUCUAUCCAACACUGAACCUGACGAAUUUCUUCCGUCUUCUGAUCCACCUGCACGAAAUAGGGUAUCCGCCGCACUGGCUAGCUGAUGUUCUUAACAAAAUCCUCGAUGACCAAGUCAUCACCACCGCCAGACCACCACAACAAGUACCCAUGCAACCAGACGAAAUCACACGACAGAAUCAGCCCGCGAGACUCAGUGUGGCGGCGUUUCUUCCAGAAAUGACUACCCUCACAGCCCUCUUCCAACGGCUUCUCCCCUUCACACCCCUCACAGCUAGUCCGCUCCCGGCUCUCGAUUCCAUAUACGAAUACACCAUCCAAUUCGCCGAAGUCGGACCAGCCCCGAACGGCGAGCCGGCGGCAAUGGUGCUGGUAUUUUUCAACAUGCACACGCACGUGCCGAACGUCAAUAUCCGGGACGAGCUGGACCCGUCGCCUGAACAAUCAUCAUCUGGCAGCAGCGCGGCUUCGAAAUUGAUAGAGUUCCGGGAGAAGGGGUGUGUGGUGGUCACGACGUUCACGUGGAGUGGACGGGAUCAUCAGACGGUCAGGUUCUGGAUGAGGGAGGAUGUGGUUGAUAAGUUCUGGACGCGCGGAGAUUCUUGGUGGUGUGGAUUGUGGAGGGUCGAUGAUUGGAUGCUGAUGUCUAGGGCGCCAGAGGAGGCGUCAAAGCUGGUCAGGGGGAGGAAAUGGGUUGAUGGGGAGGUAGGUGAUGUGGAUAUGACGGGUAUAUGAUAUGAUUUAUGACUGUGUGAAGGAGGUAAUUUUUGGUGGCUUAUUUUGGUUACAAUCUAUGGGUUUGAUCAGAUCAAUAUUUUAAAUGUUAAGAACGGUGACGCAAGUCAAUAAUUUGGAGUUGGAAUGUAAAAGUUGCGGUUAAAAUAGGGCUUUUGAAAUCAUCUAUUUAAGAAAAUAUUAAAUUGAUAUUUAAAGCACA